AGAAUAUCAGAGCUGAUGACGAAGAUGCACUUCUAGCUACGACACGGUUAAUUGUUUUAAAUCCAAUAUAAAAACACUGCCACUAAGUAAAUGUAUUAGCUGUGAAAAUGUGAUCCUCACAAAGGGUGCUCUAAACUUCCGCUCAUUUGGCCGGAAGGUCACCGUAAAUAUGGCGGCGCACAGGGUUAUGAAGUCGGUAUUUACAUGCUUCUCAAAUACCCAGCGCAUUGUGGCCAAAAGCGGCUGCUUUACCACACUGCAGAAUGUGAACCGUUUGCCACAGCUCGCCGUAUUCGGUCAUGUUCCUAGUCGUGGGGUCGUCAAAGUGGUGGAGAAACAGGAGGGUAAAACAACAACCUUGGCGGGAGUGACCGUUGAUUCUCUUGGCGCACCUGAGCCGCCCAACCCUUCAGCUCACUGCCCCAUCUACAGAUGGAACCUCCAGAACAAAUACGACUACACAGACGUGCUGCUGCUCAGUCAGUUUAUCCGCUCAGAUGGAGGCAUGUUGCCACGGCGAGUAACUGGACUCUGCACUCCUGAGCAUUACAAGAUUGCAGCCUGUGUACGAAUGGCCCAGCGGGCAGGUCUGCUUCCGGACCACAAGCCAGCUCUUCCAGAGGGUCAUAUCCCCAAGCCCAAGCCACAGCUGAACAGAUACCUGACCCGUUGGUCUGUAGGCACAGCCAGAGCCAUCUACAGGCGUGGCUUGAAGUGGUGUAAAAAGCGUAUGCCCGUAGGAGAUCCCAUCCUCAAGAACAACAUUCAGUAUGGGAAGAAACCCAUACGCUACUGGCACUGAGACUCUCUGGCGUAGACACACUCACGCCAUUGCCUCUGACAUACAUGCACACACUGUCUUCGUACUCAAGAACAUUUUGGUGGGAUUGAGCGAGGUGGUAAUACUGUGCUCAGAUCAGACAUGUAAAUAUGAAACCAUGCGGUGCAGAGUUCCAGAGCCUUUAUUCACUGUAAAUAAAAUAAGUCAUGAGAAAUUCA